CCUCUCCUCUAGGGAACUCGCUGGAGCCCGGGCUAGGUCAACCCUGGAUCGGGGCGCACCCUGGGUACCCCGGCGGAGAGACCGCGCCGCGUUGGGGUCGAGUCCGUUUGACAGUUACAGCAUCCAAGGACCCCUUUCAUCCUUUCUCCAUAUUGCUUGAUGGGAGGCAUUAUGGCCCCCAAAGACAUAAUGACAAACACUCAUGCUAAAUCCAUCCUCAACUCAAUGAACUCCCUCAGGAAGAGCAAUACCCUCUGUGAUGUGACAUUGAGAGUAGAACAGAAAGACUUCCCUGCCCAUCGGAUUGUGCUGGCUGCCUGUAGUGAUUACUUCUGCGCCAUGUUCACCAGUGAGCUUUCAGAAAAGGGGAAACCGUACGUUGAUAUCCAAGGUCUAACCGCUUCCACCAUGGAGAUCCUGCUGGACUUCGUGUACACAGAAACUGUGCACGUGACAGUGGAGAAUGUCCAAGAACUGCUUCCGGCAGCCUGCCUGCUUCAGCUGAAAGGCGUGAAGCAAGCCUGCUGCGAGUUCUUGGAAAGCCAGCUGGACCCAUCUAACUGCCUGGGCAUCAGGGACUUUGCCGAAACUCACAAUUGCGUUGACCUGAUGCAAGCAGCUGAGGUCUUUAGCCAGAAGCAUUUUCCCGAAGUGGUGCAGCAUGAAGAGUUCAUUCUUCUGAGUCAAGGAGAAGUGGAAAAGCUCAUCAAGUGCGAUGAAAUUCAGGUGGAUUCUGAAGAGCCGGUCUUCGAGGCCGUCAUCAACUGGGUGAAGCACGCCAAGAGGGAGCGGGAGGAGUGCCUGCCGGACCUGCUGCAGUACGUGCGCAUGCCCCUGCUGACCCCCAGGUACAUCACGGACGUCAUAGAUGCCGAGCCUUUCAUCCGCUGUAGCUUACAGUGCAGGGACCUCGUGGAUGAAGCAAAGAAGUUUCAUCUGAGGCCUGAGCUGCGCAGUCAGAUGCAGGGUCCCCGGACAAGGGCUCGUCUAGGAGCCAAUGAAGUGCUUCUGGUGGUCGGGGGCUUCGGAAGCCAGCAGUCUCCCAUCGAUGUGGUAGAGAAGUAUGACCCCAAAACUCAGGAGUGGAGCUUUUUGCCAAGCAUCACUCGGAAGAGACGCUACGUGGCCUCGGUGUCCCUUCACGACCGGAUCUAUGUGAUUGGUGGCUAUGACGGCCGUUCCCGCCUCAGUUCGGUAGAAUGCCUAGACUACACGGCAGAUGAGGACGGGGUCUGGUAUUCUGUGGCCCCUAUGAAUGUCCGACGGGGCCUGGCUGGAGCCACCACCCUAGGAGAUAUGAUCUAUGUCUCUGGGGGCUUUGACGGCAGCCGGCGUCACACCAGCAUGGAGCGCUAUGACCCAAACAUCGACCAGUGGAGCAUGCUGGGAGACAUGCAGACGGCCCGGGAGGGCGCUGGCCUCGUGGUGGCCAGCGGGGUGAUCUACUGUCUAGGAGGAUAUGAUGGUUUGAAUAUCUUAAACUCAGUUGAGAAGUAUGAUCCCCACACAGGACACUGGACUAAUGUUACACCAAUGGCCACCAAGCGCUCUGGCGCAGGAGUCGCCCUGCUGAAUGACCAUAUUUAUGUGGUGGGGGGAUUUGAUGGUACAGCCCACCUCUCUUCUGUUGAAGCAUACAACAUUCGCACGGAUUCCUGGACAACAGUCACUAGCAUGACCACCCCUCGAUGCUACGUCGGGGCGACAGUGCUUCGGGGGAGACUUUAUGCAAUUGCAGGCUAUGACGGGAAUUCCCUGCUGAGCAGCAUCGAGUGCUACGACCCCAUCAUCGACAGCUGGGAGGUCGUGACCUCCAUGGGCACCCAGCGCUGUGACGCUGGCGUGUGUGUCCUCCGAGAGAAGUGACCAGGCCAAGGGACAGUGUAGAGAACCAAGAGUCCUUUCCAGAAUGUCUGUUUCUCACUGUGUACACAGGGUGAUAACAAGCGCCAGUGCCUGAUGCUUGUCCUCAUUUGACAGCCCUCCUCGUGCUGGUAGUUGGCCUGGAGGAGGGUGGGUAGCAGACACUCAAGGGAGGAGACUGCACACGGAGCAGGUGUGAGGCCAGGCCACCUCUCCUCCUGGCCAAUGGAGCACCUUCUUAUCGUUUUUAACCUGGCAUGUGCUUGGGAGAAUACGUGUGUAAGUUGUGCCUCUAGGAUUGCAGAGACUCGAGGUGAGUAUGAUCUAUGGGGUGUGGGCAGUGUCCAGCCCGGAUAACUGGAAGGGCCCAGCUCUCGUUUUCUGGGAAUAAAUCUCUUUACCUGUCUGCAGGUGGUGAGGGGCAAUCUGGGUCCCUCUGGAGGAGAACAGAGGGAAGGGCCCUGGCAAAACUUUGGGGGCCUGGGGGAGAGGUCUGCCUGGCACUAUGGGGGGACAGGGCUGGGUUUAGGGUGCGUGAAGUGAGUUGGAUUUGGAGGAAUGAGAGUGAACCUGCAACCCCUGAAGGACUGAGAGGGGGUGUUCUUUGAGGGUCUUGCCAUGACCCCCAGGUAUUUCUGAACAAGAAUAUUGUGCUCUGGGGCCCCGGAGACCAUCUGAAGUAACAGAGCCAGCCCGUUAGAUGAACGUUAGGGGGGCGUUUGGUGGGCCUGGGACGAGCUAGGCAUUCCUGUGACUUCACGAUUGUCUUACUCCCUGCUGUGGCUCGCCUCUCCACGCUCCUCUCGCCAGGCAAGGCCUGCCUUGAGGGGGAGAGACCAUCCUUCCCUGUGGAAUCAAAUGCUUCUGCGCAUCAUACAGCCGUGCUCUGUAGAGGGCGAAGGUGGCUGGCAGCUGCUGGGAAGUCCCAGGCCCAGGUUCCUCCCCCAUUCCUUUAAGGGCAUACUUCUGCUAAGGACUGUUUUUUUCUGCUGCGUUUUGUACAUUAGUCCCUUUCCUACUAGACCCUCCCCUCCCUGUCUUUCGAGUGGAUUAUCUUCACCCCAGGAUAGACUCAUCAACGACAACUGAGAUCCUUGUUAGUUUCUGUACCUGCUGUUCCUGUCCUGAGCUGCCAGCCCAGGCUCCCCUGUGCCGUGGAGUGACUUCCCUGCUCUGUGGGUGUUGGGAGUACGCAGACGUGGUUGCCUAAACAAGGGCGUACUUUCCCUUUGCUCUGAAAUUCCAUUUUUUCCUCUUGCCCUGAAUUGUGUUGACCUAAAGUUCCUUUCCUUUGUAUUUUUUUAAGAAAAUAUUAAAAAUCAGUGGUCUCAA